CAGAGAUAAACAGCUCCACGAUGUCGCUAAAGCCAGAGGCUCGGGUGCGCUUGGUGUUCUUGGGCGCAGCGGGCGUGGGUAAGACGGCGCUGAUCCGCCGCUUCCUGCACGACGCCUUCGAGGCCCGCCACCGUCGCACCGUGGAGGAACUGCACGUGCUGGAGUUGGACCUGGAGCCACCGGGCCCGGCGCUGCGCCUCCGCCUGGAGCUGCUGGACACCAGCGGCAGCUACAGCUUCCCGGCCAUGCGCCGCCUCUGCAUCCAACACGGCGACGUCUUCGCCCUCGUCUACUCGCCCCACGAGCCGGGCUCCUUCGAGGAGCUGCAGCGGCUGCGCGAUGAGAUCCUGGAAGCCAAGCCCGGCGCCCCGGUCCGCCUCGUGGUGGUCGCCAACAAAUCCGACUUGGGCCCGGCCGCGGGCAACAGCGACCGCCUGGCCGCCGCCACAGUGCAGCGCGAGUGGGGCGCUCGCCACGUCGAGGCGUCAGCCAAGCAGGGCUGCAACGUGGUCGGGCUCUUCCAGGAGCUGCUGGGCCAAGUCGACGUGCUCAGCGGGCGCCUCAGUCCGGCCCUCCGGCGCCGCUCCAUCCCCGACCCGCUGGCCAAGGAGCCGACGGCGUCCACGCGGCGACGCCCGAGCAAGAGCCCCAACUGCGCCAUCUGCUAGCCGGAGCGUCGGAGGAAGCCCAGCGGCCGCUGCGGCGCCCCUUUCAUCGUAGGCAGCCGACGGGGCGGCCGAGGAAGCGAAUGUCGUCGAGCACGAGUGAAGCAGGAGGAAGAAACGGAGCGCGUUUGCCUCUCCGGAGUAGCGAGCCAUGCAGAGACGCCUCUCCCCGGUGGGUUGAGGCUAGGGAAUCGAGUCCCAAAAGAGACACACACGUCCAACCCGGCGGGACGACAGAAGCAAGUGCCCUUGUUUUGCAUCUGGUGCCCCCGCGGCGGACUGCGCACUUGCCCCCACUUGCCCCUUGGGUCUCGGAGCGCAAGAGUUUCGGCUCGAGGGAAGGACACACCCCUUUGUGCCAAGCUUCCUGGUCCUCGAGGUGGCCCGUUCCGGGACAUGGACUCUGCCGAGCCUGCUCUUGGCAACUGGGUGGGGGCGCUCUCUUCCAGAAGCCAGGCCUCGGACAGAGCCCAACAGGAGACUCCGGAGGCCGGACUUCUGCAGGAAACCUGGGUGCCUGGCACUCAGUUCCAGCUGGCUGUUUCCAAGGCACUGUCCACUUGCCUGUUCUUGACUUGUGUAGGGUGGAAACAGUACUUACUGCUGUACCUUAACAGCAUUCCUGGCUGGGGGCUGAUCCAUUAGGAUGGAGUAUGUUUUUGGGUUGGCGGGACAGAGUGCUUGCACCUAUGCUUGUUUAUUUAAAGACCGUUCUGAACUUGAAGGAAUGUGACUUGUUUUUAAUACAGUAUGUCAUCCUGUUUUGGAGAAUAAACUGUUACUCCCUU